AUGGACGGGGAGACUCCGUUUCCGGUGGGUGAGGCGGCGCCCGAGAGCGUGUUUCGCUCGGUGGGGGAGGCAGAGGUGAGCCUGGACGAGAUGCUGAGUCUGGCGUGUCGCCAGGGGAAGCAGGACAUCGUGGAGCUGCUGCUGGAGAGCGGAGCGAACGUCAACCACAGGAACAAGGCCGGGAACACGCCCCUUCUCGAGGCGUGCAGUCAGGGACACGUUAGCAUUGCGCGCCUUCUCCUAGACCGCCGUGCGGACAUAGACGCCCCUACGGAGACCACCUAUGACUCAGCGCUCACCUGGGCCUGUACGUUAGGCAACAGCGAAGUCGUCGAGCUGCUUCUAGAGAGAAAUGCCGCUGUCGAACACCGGACGAAAGACGGCUGCACGGCCCUCAUGUUUGCCGCACUUGCCGGCCACGAGAGGGUGGCCAAGCUACUGUUGGACCACCGAGCGGAGAUAAAUGUAGAGUCGGACAGUAACAAAGACAGCCCUCUCACCUUUGCCUGCUGGAAGGGCCACCAGAAGGUCGUGGAGCUGUUUCUACGGCGGAAAGCAGACUUGGAGCACCGCACAAAGGAGGGUUUCUCGCCGCUCAUGUUUGCCGCUCUCGGAGGGCAUACUCAGGUAGCAGAGCUCCUGCUUAAAGCAGGAGCAGCAGUCAACACCCCCAGUGGCUCUAACAAUGACAUCCCCCUCACCUCGGCCUGCUGGAAGGGCCACCAUCGCGUCGUGUCUCUCCUGCUGCAGCAUGGCUCGCAGAUCGAACAUCGAACCAAGGAUGGCUGCACGCCUCUCAUGCUGGCUGCUCGGGAGGGUCAUUUGACAGUGGCUCAGCUCCUCCUACAGGAAGGAGCCAAGGUCAACGUUCCGUCUGGCAGCGAGAACAACAUACCUCUCACCCUGGCCUGCUGGAAGGGGCAUAGAGAUGUUGUGGCCCUGCUACUCGACCACGCGUCCAAUAUUGAACACCAGAACAAGGCCGGCUGCACUCCCCUCAUGCUGGCUGCCAGGGAGGGACACUACGAGGCCACCAAGCUCCUGCUAGACUCGGGAGCCCAGAUCAACACCCCCAGUGGCUCUAAUGACGACACCCCGCUCACCCUGGCCUGCUGGAAGGGCCACCUGGAGGUGGUGAGGCUUCUUCAGGAGAGAGGCUCUUCCGUUAACCACCAGACCAAGACUGGCUGCACUCCGCUAAUGGAGGCCACCAGGGAGGGUCACGUGGCAGUGGCAGAGCUGCUCCUGGAGAUGGGGGCAGACGUAGAGACACCUGACAACUACGGCCAGAGUCCGUUCUUCAUGGCCUGCUGGAAGGGCCACAGCGACGUGGCCGGUCUUCUCCUGGAGUUUGAUGCCAACAAAGACUGUCGGACUAAGACUGGGAUCACCCCUCUCUUCCAGGCCUGCAGAGAGAACCACGUGGAGGUGGUCAAACUACUCCUCGACUAUGGCUGCAACCCAUCCACACCUUUCCCCAGUAGCAGAGAGUGCCCCAUCACACUGGCGGCAGAGAAGGGGUUCUUCGAGUUGGCUCAGCUCCUCGUGUCUCGCAACGCCAACAUCGAGUGCCGGACAAAGAAAGGCUGCACUCCGUUCUUCCUGGCUUGUCGCGAGGGUUACACCGAUAUUGCCGUCAUGUUGGCUAAACAUGGCGCCGAUACUGAGGCCUGUGACCACAGAAGCCAGACGGCUCUCCUGGCAGCCUUCAGGAACGGGCACGUGGAGCUGGUGGACUGGCUCCUGGGUCACGUGGCCCACCUCCCCUCCGAGCAGGACUGCCAGAAGGCCCUGCUGGCCCCCUCCCCUCCGGCCACAGACCUCACUCCUCGCCGAGCUCGCUGCCUCGAGAUGAUCUCCAAGGCCAAGAAGGCGAGGGAGCAGGCGGCCCUGAGAAACGCCCAGAGUCUCUGCGAGGAGUUGGACGCCGAGAGAGAGAGACAGGAGAGCAGGAAGAAGGCCGCGGCAAAGAGGAGGAGCCGACGGAAGGAGAGGAGACGCAAGGAGGUCACUGCCGGGAGACAGGAAUUAGAGGUGGUUGAGUGCGAGGAAGAACAGCCUCUUCCGACAGAAGAGGAAAUGCCAACCCCGCCCUCUCCUCCGCCCGAGACUACACCCUCCCCCGUUACCAUCACUACCGACACCACUGCCACGCCCUCCAGCCCGAAGCAGCAGCGGAGGUCGAAGCGCAAGAAGCGUCGGAGGCAGCGUCCGCGGCCGGUGGGUGGGGCAGACGAGGAGGACGGGGGGACUUUGGGGAGAGGGGAGGGGGCGAGGGAGGAUGGGGAGGAGGAGUCAGGGGACGACCUGGAGUUUCAUGACGCCCACUCUGAACUACCAGAGCCAAGUCCCUCAAGGGAGGAGUCUUCAGCCAGUGACCCCUUCUCGCCUUCUCCUCCCUCUGCCCCCUCUCCCUCCCUUCCCUCCUCCUCCACCUCACUCUCCCAACACGAGACCACGAAACCUCACGAGAGGGAGGUCAGAGGUCACGAAGAAGCCACCAGGGGCCACGAGAAGGCCACGCGAGGUAACGAAAACAAGACCACUAGAACCACAACCAACCCAGAGACCACUAGAGGACCGGAGAAGACCACUAGGGGCCACGGGGAGACCACGAGGGGCCACGAGAAGGCAACGAGGAAUGACGGUGGGGGAGGGAGGAGGAAGAGAGGGGCCAAAACCGAGGGAGGGUCGGUCAACAGCGGGCGGAAGACGCAGGCAACGAGGGAGUGGGCUGUGGUGGCAGCUCAGGGAACCUCCCACCAACAGAGCGGAGGAGGUGAGAAGGUGGAGGUGGGGGGAGGAGGGGAGGAGAUGUGGAGUUCGUCUCAGGAGUCCCUGGGUGAUUGGCCGACUGACGAGAUGGAACUGGAACAUCUCCAGGCCCUCUCUCGAUGCAGCACUGACGACGACAAGAUCAGGUCCCAGAAGCUACGGGCAGCGACGACAGAGGCCACACCCCUCAGUUUAGCCCCGCCCAGCACCUCGUCUCCGCUGCCCCCACCCCCUCCUCCCAUCACCUCCUCCCCAGCCUGGCACGCCGUCACCAGAACCACCAGAACGCUGCAGAUGACGGUGUCCAAUUCGCUGGUGGGUCGAGUCAUAGGGCGGAGUGGAGCCAAGAUCAAUCGUAUCCAAGAGAUCUCCGGGGCCCACAUCACGGUCUCCAGAAACAUCCCCAAGAGUGCCGAGAGACUAGUCACCAUCAAGGGGACACAGCACUCGGUGUCCAAGGCCCAGGAGCUGAUCAUGGAGGCCUUGAGUACCCCCGACAGAGAAGGAGAGUCCUCCAUCUUCUCCUCCUCCACGCACCCCGCACGCCUCCGCAAACGACAGAGCGAGGUGACGCUCCCGACCCCCGUUGUCACCACAGCAACCCGCCGGCCGUCGCUUCAGGCGGUGCCGGACCCCUCCACCCCUCUCUCGGCACCUCCUCCCCUCUUCCCCACUCCCACUCGUCACCUCCUCUCCUCCUCCACUUCCUCCCCUGCCGUGGUGGCCCCCCUCCCCACUCACAAAAUCUCUCCCACACUCCCUCCCCUCUCCACCGUCUCCGAGUCCAGUAGGUACGUCCCCACGGAACCCGUCGCUCCCCUCUCGGAGGUCAAAAGGUCGACCACGCCCCCUGCCAACUCUGAAUCGUCUGGUGAUGUGAAGAGGUUAAUGUCUCCUCCGGUAUUGCCGACAGCAGAGGUCAAAGGGUCACCCACACCCAAUAAAUCGGAGAUAAAGAGAUCUCUCUCCUCUCCGGUGAAGCUGCUGGGAGAGGUCAAAAGGUCGGCCACACCCACCUCAGCUGGGGUGGGGAAGGAAAGAGGUACCGAGUCUCAGUCAGAUGGAAAAGAGGUGGAGUCUCCUAAUCCAGCUGUGUCGUCAGUCCUGCCGACUGUACCAAUGUCAGCCCCGCCCACUGCCACACCCAUGACCACACCCACUGUCCUGCCGUCAACGAGGCCUCAUCGCAGUGUGGCAAUCAUUCAGCCUACACAGCACUUCCCUCCGGCCCCAACAGAGAUGACCUCGUCAUCCUCGUACCCUCUUCCCCCUCGCUGUGUCGGUAUCAUUGGUCCUCCAUCUCACCGGAGGAGCAGUGUGCCUUCCACCACUGUGGCCUUCCAAAGACCACCUCAGAGACUGACCUCCUACUCUGGCCAUGGAAUGCACUGGUAUCCAGGGCAACAGUAUGGAAUGCCGUCUGUGUUGCCGGGUCUGGACUCUGACCUGGAGCCACGCCCACCCAUCCCACCGUGGUCCCACCAACACUCUAUGUACAACUCUCAGAACUCUCACCUACUGGGACACGGACACAAACAUCAGAACCUCACCUGGUCUGGAGUCCAGCCUCACUCCUUCCUGCCCCCCAGUGGAUCCUCCCCAUUCCUCAGUCGCCCCCCAACCCUCCACCACCCUCACCAGCAGCACCAUCACGGAGUUCCGCCCCCUCACAUGACCUUUGUACCCCCGCCCUCGACUCCGGACAAGCUCCAAGGGGAGCCGUGGGAUUUCCACAGCCCCACUCCUGGAGCACUCUAUGGAGCGAUCGGCAGUGGGCUACCCUCCAAUGCCGCGACACAGCCCUUCUCUCAGUCUUUCUCAAUCCAGGCUCCGCCCACUGCACCGCCCUCUUCCUCGGGGAGGGCCCACGGAAUUGGGGAGGUGUGGUCAAAGCCGUCGUCUGGAGGUGUGGCUCCGUUUUCAUCUGCUCCUCCUCCCAUCCUAUCUUCCACAGGGAGGGUAGGAAACCACAGCUAUCUCUCAACCUUCUCCUCCAAGUCUCUACCGGUGGACCACUGGCCUGCCCUUCCUUCCCCGGCCCCUCCCUCCUCCUCUUCAGUUGUGACCCCCACAGUUCAACUGACCCCCGGCAAAACAUCAAAGGGAGUCGAUUGGAGCGUCGGAAGUGGCGGAGGGAAGGAUAACGGAGAGGGGUUGAAGGGGGAGGAGGGAGGGAAGGGAGAGGGAGAAUUGCAGCAUUUGAUGAAGAGUCUGGAUAUUGCGGAGCACCUGCACGUCCUACAGGACCGGAAGUUGAGUCUCCCACAGCUGACGUCUCUCUCAGACCAGGAAUGGCGUGGACUCAAACUCCCUGUGGGCCCCAGAGUGAAGCUGAUGAAUGCUAUUUCCAACAUGCCCACCAGCGGCACCUCAGAGCAGAUCAGCAGUGACCAAGAUGGAGGAGUAGGAGAGGAAAACUACGAGCUGCCUCUGGGGUGCAACAGUCCAGGAUGGAGAGAGACGCCGCGAGACGUCACCCUCCUGCCCGGUCGCCACGUGUUCAUGAACUGUCGCUCGACCAUCACCCACAGUAGGGUUGUCUGGGUUCUGGAUGGCAUGGUGGACAUUACCACCGUUGCUGGAGUCUCGGAGCGUGUCCGACUGUUUAAUGGCAACCACUCGCUGAGACUGGGGCCGCUGGAGGCAGAGGAUGGAGAGAUGGUACUGGGCUGUCGCAUACACUCUCUGGACUACGGUGUCCUCCCUUCACCUCUUGCAACUAUCGCAGCUCUCACUCCCCCACAAUUCUCCCCUCCGAGACUACAUGUGGCUGUCGCCGGUCGACCGUUCGAGAUUGACAUGGCAUUCUCCGGCGCCCUGCACCGAGGACGGCAGCCGACCUACCUCUGGAUGAAGGACGGGAUGCUGUUUCAGGGAGACGGGGAGAGGGUGAGGGUCGAGUUGGACAGAAUAACCUUCACCGAGGUUCACUCGGGAGAUCACGGCCGCUACUCCGUCAGAGCUCGCAACAGAGCCGGCGAAAGCAGUGCUCACACGGACUUGAAAGUACUACCGUGGCCAAGUUCUGACACGGGAAGCUUUGACGCUCUGUCUCCCCAUCUGGCUCUACUGAUAGCUCUCUCCCAUCGCGACAAUACAAACUCCUCCUCCUCCUCCACUCCCCCACCUGCCGUCGACCACCUCGGAGUAAUGGCUGUCAUUCGCCGCCUCCUCUACCAUGCCACGCCCGAGGCCCUCCAGCAAGGCUCCGCCCGACUCCGCCUAGAAGACCUCCUGGAGAGAAUCCAGUUUCUGACGGGAGGUCAGAACAUGUCGUCCUCUGAUCUCGAUAUUCUAAAUAGAGCCACCAACUGUAAUGCCUCACUCCCGACCUACGACUGUACCGACUAUAAGGUGCUCCGAUACCGCACGUACGACGGGACUUGUAAUAAUUUCUUCUAUCCUCUGUACGGAGCUGCCCUCACUCCUUUUCUUCGUGUCAUCCCUGCCGAGUACGAGGACGGAAUAUCCACCCCGGUCGGGCAGAGUCAGGCCCUCGCCGGAAACCACACCUCCCCACCCUGGCCGAGCGCUCGUCACAUCAGCUGGAAGGUAAUCCGCAGCAACACGACAUCUCUCGGCGGCGAAGAAGAAGGCGCGGUGGUGUUGGGUGCAGGGAUCACUCACAUGGUGAUGCAAUGGGGACAGUUUCUGGACCACGACCUUGACCUGUCUCCCGUCUUUGACGAGGAGUGCGGCUGUAACCACACCCGAAAGUGUUUCCCCAUUCACGUCCACGAGAACGACACCACGUUUGGUGCAACAUCGUCGAACGUCGGGCACUGCCUCACUUUCUCCCGCUCCCUCCCCACCUGUCGGCUGGAGUCUGCAGCCAGCGUCCCCCGAGACCAGGUGAAUCAGAUCACCUCCUUCAUCGACGGGUCCCAGGUGUACGGGUCCUCUGAGAAACUGGCUCUGUCUCUUCGAUCCAGGGCGGGCGGGUUACUCAAACAGGGCGGUCGCUCCGAGUCAAACAGGGGGAACCUCCCGUUUCAGAAGGAGCGCCCAGAGGGAGGGGUGUUGCCGUUUUUCAUCGCGGGAGAUGAGAGGGCAAACGAGCAGACUGGACUGACAGUCAUGCACACCCUGUGGCUGAGGGAACACAACAGGAUGGCUCGCAGACUGGGUGAGAUGAACCCGUGUUGGGACGACGAGAGAAUCUAUCAGGUAGCCAGGAAGAUUGUCGGCGCAGAGAUGCAGAAAAUCACGUUCUACGACUUCCUUCCUGUCCUGUUUGGGACCUACAUGCGAACGUACAUCCCCAUGUACCGUGGCUACAACCCGUUUGUCAAUCCCUCCAUAACAAACUCCUUUGCAACUGCAGCGUACCGGUUCGGUCACAGUCUCGUGCGAAACCAGCUCCUCCGACUGAACGAAAACUACACCGCCAUGGACAUAGGCCACCUGGAUCUCACCCGGGCCUUCUUCAACCCCGUCGCCUACUUCGAGGGCAUGGGUACAGAUGGAAUCGCCCGCGGACUAAUGAUGGACGUCGCUAAUCCCGUGGACGAGUUUCUCAACUCUGUUCUGACAACAAAGCUCUUCCCCAAAACUCCCGAUAGUCUCGGUGGCGAUUUGGCCUCACUCAACAUCCAGCGAGGUCGCGACCACGGCAUACCGAGCUACCGCACCUGGCAGCGGUACUGCGAGGAGAAGUUCCCCGGCCACCGAGUGAGGUUCAGAGACAAUGCCACGAUGACUCUCCUGCGGUGGAUAUACGGUCCCGAGGAGGGGUUCAGCGAUGGGAUGGACCUCUGGGUCGCUGGGUUAGCAGAGGAGCGACUGGAGGGUGCACAGCUGGGGCCCACCUUUGCCUGCAUCCUCGGGCUCUCCUUCUCUCGUCUGAGAGACGGCGACCGGUUCUGGUUCGAGAGUGACUCAGAGUUCUCGGAGAUGCAGAGGAGGGCGGUGAAACAGACGUCGCUGGGCCGUGUAGUGUGCGACAAUUCCGACGAUAUCAGGAGGGUGUCGCGAAACGUGUUUGUGUCGGGUAUGGUGAGGGUUGCGUGCGAGGAAAUUCCACAGUUGGAUCUUCAACUGUGGAAAGACUAUUCCUGCAGACAGAGAAAGCCCUACAGCUAUAGACCCUAGCAUGUCUGUCCACGUAAUGCAUCAUUAUACCGUUCAUUAUGUUUUAUAUACAUGUGUAAAUGUGUCCUCAUAGUUAUAAUGUAAUUCCCACCGUGAUAUAGAC